AUGGCACAGCAGCAGAACGACGCCACCAUCAUCACCGAUGCCGAGCGCGCCUACGGAUACACCAAACACCAAUACAAGUUCUCUGCCAGCGAACGCAGCUGGUGGUUGGCCAAGAUCGUGCCCUACGCUGUUGUUGGGGCAUCAAGCGCAAGGAUCCCAGCACCGCCCUACCUGUCCGAUGUUGUGCCAAUGGAUGAGUUCAUGGGGCACGCGACUUGCAACGCCAUACUGGGCGACGACGACAAGACUGUGGCGUUCAUCACUCCAUGCACGAUGUAA